GGGGCGGAGCCGGCGCUGGGAAGGGAGCGGGGAGCACGUGCCCGCAGUGCGGGUUUGCUGCGCUGCAGGAUGUCCAAGCCCAAGGAGCUGGCGGAAACCACCAGUUCGGGGAGCGACUCCGAGCUGGAGAAGGAGAAGAAAAGGAAAAAAGAGAUGCCCUCCAAGCCGGAGAAAAAGCCCAAAACCGAGGCCAACAGCUCCAAGGCGGCGACAAAAAGCCACGGGCAAGACAGCGAGGAAGAGGGCAUGUUCCAGAUUGGGAAGAUGCGCUACGUCCGAGUGUCCUGCUUCAAGGGGAAGGUCCUGGUGGAUAUCCGGGAGUUUUACAUCGAUAAGGAAGGAGACACGAAACCCGGCAGGAAAGGCAUCUCGCUGUCGGCAGAGCAGUGGAACCAGCUGAAGGAGGUCAUUCCGGAGAUCGACGCCGCCGUCAAGAAAUUCUAGACGGAGCCUGCUUGGAAAGCCUGUCUUUUUGCUUGGUUUUUUCCCCCUUGACGCGUUUCCCUUCUUCAUUCCCAUUCCCGCGUUUUGCUAAUAAAGCCAGCCUUUUGGUCUGCA